AUGUCGGGCUACAUCAGCUUGGUGGAGCUGGAGGAGAACAUGCACAAGAAAUCGGUCCAGACCUACUUCGAGGCCUUGGAGUUGGACGUGUCUGACGCGUGGACCUUCUUCAAGCUGCUUGACACUGAUGGCGGCGCUGCCAUAGAGAUUGAGGAGUUCCUGUUGGGAUGCCUGCGGCUGCGGGGCCCUGCAAGGGCACUCGACCUGGCAAAGAUGCAGCAUGAUCAUCAAUGGCUGUCCAAGACACUCGGUGCCUUCAUGGCCCACGUGGAGGUGUCACUGCGAAAGCUUGAAGCAGGGCUGCUCAAGCUGUGCGAACUGCAGUUCGACUCCCAAUUCGACGGGUCGAGUCAAGUACCCUCCGUGCCGUCUCGGGCAAAGUCACAGGGCUCCCACAAGCCGCUGGCCGUGCCCCCGCAUAUCAUCCACAAGGCUCAUGAAACAGAGCAGCUGCAUUCGCCAGGAUUCGCGGAUGCUGCUCCACCACCUGCACCACAG